AUGAAGCUUCUUACAGAAGGUGGCAUCAAAUUCAAGAAGGCACCAGCUUCUUUGUUCCUAAUGCUCGAUUUAACAGAUAUUGCUCCAACAGCUGAAGAAGAGAAGAAACUUUGGUUAGACUUAAUUGAUAGAUUCAAUAUCCAUAUAUUACCUGGCGCAAAUGGCUUUAGAUAUAAGUAUCCAGGUUGGUUCAGACUUUGCUUCUCUCAUGAGGAGAGUAAGCUUAUCGAGGGUUGCACACGUUUGGUUAAUGCUGUUAAGACAAUCAAGAGUGAGCACUCUAAGUAA